AUGACAUUAAUUGACGAUUAUAUCAAAAACGGAACUCCGUGGUCUCAAUUACCGCCGAAUGUGCAGUCUUCUCUAAAGCAAGAUCCGGCUGAGUAUGAUGCUAGAGUUCUUGUAUAUUUCUUGCAAAACCAAAUGGAAUAUUCCAGUGAUUUGAUAAAAAAUAUUGUUCGUAGUGAGAAAGCUUAUUAUCGCCAAUUGGUUCAAUAUAGUUCGCAACACAUGAUGCUAUUCCCUUACCAUCUUCAAAGAAAAAUUGUUCCUGGUUUGGAUAUAACUCCCUUUGAUUAUUACAAAAGUAUUGUUCGUCGAACCAUGCUUUCAGAAUUGUCAUACGAUCGAAUUCCGAAUUUUACGGCAGCUGAUUGUUAUCAAAUUCUUGGAAUCGGGAGGAAUGAGUUUAUUGAUCUUCUGAAUGUCUAUAAGGGGAAACUUUGUUCACCUCAAUCUCAAUUGAAAGAGUCACCUGAAGCCGUUCUUGAUGGUCUUCUUCCAAAAGCUCCACACAAUUUCAAGCAUCUUCAGCCUUGGUUUAUUGUACGUGCUGGUUCAGUCAGUCUUACCGAUGUUCAGGAACAAACACCAGAAGUCCAAUCGGUCCUUGACAAAAUUAUUGACCACGAUCGAUCAUCCAUUGUGGAUCAACUCGGUCCAGGACUUAGGAUCUCCGAGAUACCAUUGGGUGAAUUUCAGGAGCUUUAUAGUCGUGGUCUGGUCUAUGUUGACGUCCCCAUUCUUGAAACCGAUUGUCUCUUCGUGCCAACCUUGGAUGGCUUCAUAAUGAAUCGAGUUACCGGUGAUAGUUGUGAAACUCUCUUAUACAAGAUUUUUGUGUCUCUCGAUCCUCAAUCUAACCUUAGUCAACUUGCUUCUGAUUUGGGUGUUGGUUUGGAAUUCGUCAUUAAUGCCGCAUCUGUGUUUGUAAGACUUGGAUUUGCCCAAAAAUCUAAUAAACAAAGUAAAGUGGAUAGUCCCAUAUCGUUGAUUGAUAUUUCCUUGCCUACGUCUAUGUCUGAAUCUAAAAAAAUUUCAUUCAUAUUCGAUUCGUCUAUAACAGCUUAUCUCAUGUUGGGUAAUCUCUCUGCUAACUUAAAGAAACAUUCGGUGACAAUGUUCGAAGUUGGAAAACUAACCGGUGAUUCUCUUACUGCUUUCUAUAAAGAGAUUUCUUCACUUUCAAAUUCUGCUGAACAAGAUGUCGGAGUGCACUAUGAGCAUGCAAAAUGUCUUAGCCAAACUAUGAGUUAUAUCUCUCGUGCACUAACCUCCUGUGAAGAUAAUUUCAAGUAUUUGGAUCUUGUUAGGUGUGGUUCUCUUGCUUCACUUGAACCCAUCACUCGUUGCAGAAUACUUUCACGAAAUUACAACCUUCUCGUUUGCAUGGCACCCUUGUCUUACGAAGAGGCACAGAUUUUCGGUCCUAAUUUUCCACUCAUUAUUGGUCCCCCAAUUCCGGAGAUUUGUUCCUCCUGGUUUCGUCUGUUUAUUUGUAAAACUGUUGGGGAGGGUGGCAUGCCUUCCCUCCUUCUCACACGUGGAACUCGAGUUAAUCAACUUCCUUCUUCUCUUGCUCGGUUUUCAAGUUUUCUUGUGACUUCUUGGGGUCAUGACCCUGUUUUGAUGGAUAUCUACACAUUAUUUUACUCCGUCAACGAUCUUACUAUUAAUUGUCCUGUUUUUAUCCAAGCCUAUGAUGAUCGGGAACGAAAUUUUCCCUUGCAUCAACACUUUUUGUCCCUUCCACUUACUUCGGAGUUUAUAACGCGAAUGAGUAAGCGAUUACCGUGUUUAGAGCGUCUUUCUCAGUCUGUGGACCUGACCUGUUUAAUCGGAUAUCUAUCCCUUCUUUUACCUGAUGGGAAAUCGGAAGUCGAUUUUACAUUAAAACACGAUGAAACAGAUCCGAACGGGGAAGGUUUUGGUGGAGGAAGUUUGUAUCAGCAAAAUACCUCCCAAUUCUUGGAGCAUUCUGUCGUUGACCCACGUGUUGUCUUGUCUGAAUCAAGUCUUGAGGAGAUUGUCAACUCUGGUCGACCGGUUAAAGUGCUCAGUGUAAAUCUAGGCAUCCCUUUGUUUAAUUCAGCUCUCAACACCGCAGUAUUUAAAAGAAUUAGAGAGUUAUCAGGAGAUAGUGACCAGCUACUAUCAUUGGAACUUCGUUCAAAAAUUGCAGAGGCUAAUGAGGCGUUAGCGAAAAAAUUGGUAACUUUUAUCAAGUCCUCUGGAGGGAUUUAUGUCAACACUGCCUCUUCGAUGAUCCCUGAUGAUGGUGGCUGUGACUAUGGUGACAAGCAGGCAUCACCACCAAAGUUGCCUCUACCCUCCAUUUCUCUGUGUUGUAACUCGAUUGGUGACCUGCAGGAGUGGGAAAAUUAG